AUGUCCAUCAUGAUCGAUCCCCUCCCCCAGGACCAGGCCAACCUGCAUCCCUUCCAGCAUCAUCCCUUCGCCCACCUCCUCCUCCAAAACCCCGACUACUACCCCAUCCAGACCUGGUCGCGUCUCCCCAAACCCUCCACCGGGGAAGACGGCUACAUGGCCCAGACCCUGUCCACCCCGACCACCAUCCCCCACUGCCUCACCCUCCGCCGUCGCGAUCUCCGCUCCGAGCAUCUCCCGUCCGCUCCGCCCGUCUGGCCCUCCCCCACCGCCGACCCCGCCCACUCCGCUCCUUCAGCGCGCGAUCCCGACGCCAUCAUGAUGUUCGACUUGGCCAGCCCCGGCGUCAGCGGUCAUCCGGAUAUGGCUCACGGGGGUGUCGUCGCCGCGCUGAUUGACGAGACGAUGAGUAUGGCCGUGACUCUGCAUUCGCCGCCGUCGUUCACCUCCGCCUCAUCCUCCGACCCUGUCUCCGCGGACAGUGAACCCCCCACCCCCCGCGGCAAACUGUUCACCGCCCAGCUGGACGUGCGGUAUAAACAGCCUACCAUCCUGCCGGGCUUGGUGGUCGUGCGCGCCAAGGUCGUCGCCCGUGUUGGGCGCAAGUUCUGGGUGCGCGCGCAGGUCGUGCAGCCGGGAGAUCAGAUGGCGGAGGAGGUUAUCACUGCGGAUGCCAUGGCGUUUUGGUUGCAGACUGCUGCCGCUGGGACGGCUCGUCUUUGA